AUGGCCGGAACUUCGAAGGGACGCUUACGUGAAGGUCCUCUGGGCGUUCUCAUGCCCCCGGAAGCCGAAGUUCCUAUCACCAUGGUCUACAGCCAGUCGCAAGCCGAUAUUCACAUUUUCCUCCCAGAGAACGCUUCUCUGACGCUCAUCAACCAUGUUACAGACAACUUCAGUCGUCGCGUCCAACAACCCGUGAGAGUUUUUCAUGACAAAGCACGAAGCAAGUACCGCCUUUGUCCAAUUCCUGAAGAUGUGAGCCCCGAUACCUCGACUUAUGGGAGGUACUGCUUCACUCGUGACCAAUCCACUCCAGUGAAGGUUUCCGAAGAAGAUCCAACUGUUGGCGAGGGAGGGUGCCGAAUCCCACGUCCUAGGAACUGCUGGCUUCUAUAUCGUCAGUCCAAGUCACAGGAGAUCACAAGAAGUGCUGAAGGAAUUACGGCCUCUGAACUUUCGAGAGUGAUCGGCAGGAUGUGGGAUGACGAGACGCCUGAGAUUCAAGCUUACUGGUAUAACAUGGCUAUGGAAGAAGAGUUCAACCACAAGCAACAAUACCCCGGGUACAAAUACAUCCCCGCGAAAGAGCCCGACCAAGAGCUGCUUUGA